AUGUUUCAGUUUGAUUUGAACGGGUUGUUUCCUUGUGGAUGUCACGACGGUGAAGGUUAUCAAUGGACCUCGCAUCUUUCAGAUCCUUCCCCUUGUCUCCUCAAUGGCUUGUUUUUAAACAUAUUAUCGGUGUAUUUUCUCAUUCAUUCACUCCAAGUUAUUCAUAAAUUAAGAAAGCAGAAGAACAUUAAUUCAAAGCCCAAUUAUAUUUUUGCCUCUAAACUACUGUUGAUAGUGUGCCAGAUAUUCAUGCAGCUAGCAAUUGUGAUCUUGACGACAAAAAAGUCUCAGAACGCCUACCCUCCGUACUCAGUUUUCUCUGAUUCGGUUUGGUGGUCAACCAUUCUGGUAUUUAUUUCACUCCUGGUAUCUCUUGUUUUCAGCUACAUUGAGUUCUUCAAAACUUAUGUCGGACAAACGCCAUUAAUAAUAUUCUGGUUUUUUAGCACGGCUAUCGGCUUCUUGAGAGUUGUGAACUCGUCGUUGAGACAUUACCCUUCUACAGAUGCCUUUCUGUUUUCCGCCUUUGCGGUAAAUUCGUUGUUGAUUUUUAUUUUGGAAGUUAGCUUUGCUCCUAAAUUGAAUUUAGAAACAACAGAGGGCUAUAGCAUCUAUGACUACUCAAAUAUUUUUAGCAAGUUAACUUUUACCUGGAUGACCCCAUUAAUGAGAAAAGGCUAUCAAAAAUUCUUGUUGCAAUCGGACUUGCCUCCUUUACCAAAUUCCUUAAAGUCGAAGUUGCUCUCUUCUGUUUUGGACAAAAACUGGAUAUUUGAGAGUAACAAUUCGGAUAAUCCGUCCUUAUUUCGUGCGUUGGUGAAAUCUUUUGGUGGACCUUUCUUUGUCGGUGCAAUAUUCAAGUUCAUUCAAGAUUGCAUAGCUUUCACUCAGCCCCAAUUGUUGAAGCGUUUGAUUAUUUUUGUUCAUGACUAUCACGAUGACCCUUCCAUACCACUUACAAGAGGAUUCAUGAUUGUCAUGUCUAUGUUUUCAUUGUCCGUUAUACAAACUGCCUCCUUACAUCAAUACUUUGAGAGAGUUUACGAUACUUCAAUAAAGGUCAAGUCUUCAAUGACCGCACUGGUUUAUCAAAAAUCUUUGAAUCUUUCUAUUGAAGCAAAAAAGGCUAAAACAACCGGGGAUAUUGUCAACUUGAUGUCUGUAGAUACCCAGAGAUUGCAAGAUGUGUGCCAAAACUUACAACUUAUUUGGUCAGGUCCUUUCCAGAUAACCCUUUGCUUGAUUUCUUUGUACAAUUUACUUGGAAAUGCAAUGUGGGUGGGUGUUGGCAUAUUGGUCAUUACUGUUCCCCUGAAUACAAGACUUUUCAGAUUCCAGAAGAAACUACAGAAAGAUCAAAUGAAAGUCAAAGACGAAAGAACUGGUUUAAUUUCUGAAAUCUUGAACAAUAUCAAGUCCCUAAAAUUGUAUGCAUGGGAAACUCCUUACAAAGAAAAGCUGACCUAUGUCAGAAAUGAAAAGGAGUUGAAGAAUUUAAAAAAGAUCGGCAUUUUCCAAGCUGGAAAUCAAUUUAUUUUUAAUUCCACACCAUUUAUGGUGAGUUGUUCCACUUUUGCGAUGUUCAUCAUUCUGUACAAGGGAACACCACUAACAACAGAUCUUGUUUUCACUGCAUUGGCGCUAUUCAACUUGUUAGGAUUUCCAUUGAUGGCCCUUCCCUUGACCAUUGGUAACAUUAUCGAGUCACAAGUUGCACUUUCAAGAUUAACUGAAUUCCUGUGCAGCGAUGAAAUUGAAGAUGACGUGAUUAAUAGGUACCCAGCAGCAAAGUCUGUUGGCGAUGUAUCAGUGAAAGUUGAAGGUGCUGAUUUCCUUUGGUCAAGAGAACCAUACAAAACUGCGUUGGUAAACAUCAACUAUACUGCCUACAAAGGACAACUGAGUUGCGUGUUAGGCAAAGUUGGAUCCGGGAAGUCUGCUCUGAUUCAAGCUUUAUUAGGUAGCCUACACAGAACAAAUGGUAUUGCCUCUAUUGCAGGUAGCAUCGCGUAUGUUCCUCAGACUGCUUGGAUUAUGAAUGGUACUAUCAAGGAGAACAUUUUGUUCGGUUGCAAAUUUGAUCCAGAUUUUUAUCAAAAAACCAUACAUGCGUGUGCAUUAUCACAAGAUCUUGAAAUAUUACCGGAUGGUGACGAAACUCAAGUUGGUGAAAAAGGUAUUAGUAUGUCUGGGGGCCAAAAGGCUAGAUUAUCUCUUGCCAGAGCAGUUUAUGCAAGAGCUGAUGUCUACUUGCUAGACGAUGUUUUGAGUGCAGUUGAUGAGCAUGUUGGAAAGCAUAUCAGUAAUAAUGUUUUGGGACCAAACGGUUUAUUGAAGAACAAAUGCAGGAUUUUAGCGACCAACAGUAUGGCAGUUUUCAAGUUUUCAAAUCAUCUUACCAUGAUGGCAGAUGGAAGAAUUGUUGAAGAGGGUACCUACAGUGAUCUUUUACUCUCCAAAAAAAAGACAUCUCUUCUCUACAAGUUGAUUAAGGAAUACGGAAGAAAAGACAGUACGCAUUCUGAGAACAAAACCGAAGAACAAGUUUCAGAACCUGUAUCAGAAUUAUCCUCAGCCAUGGCUAUGUCAACAACACCUUCGACCGAUGAAGUGAAAGAUGUUAAAGGGGACUUCAGAAAGGCUGAAUUGGAGGACUUUAGGAUCGAUAUUCAAAACCAAGAAAAGGUUCAAGAGAAUGCAGGAAGGUCGGAAACACAUGAACAAGGUAAAGUUGACUGGAAUGUUUACAUUACUUAUGCGAAAGCCUGUGGUGUGGGACACGUUUUACUGUUGAUUGUCUUUAUUGUUACAGCUAUGGCUUUAUCAGUUACUUCUAAUGUCUGGCUAAAGCAUUGGUCUGAAAUAAAUACCGCCGUUGGAGCUAAUCCAGAACCUUGGAAAUAUUUGAGCAUUUAUUUCUUGUUUUGCAUUUCUGCUGUUUUCUGUACUAUGUGUCAGUCUUUGGUUCAGUGGUUAUUGUGUUCAAUUUCUGGUUCCAAAUAUUUGCAUGAAAUCAUGUUAAACUCAGUUUUAAGAGCCCCAAUGCAAUUUUUUGAGACUACUCCAAUUGGUAGGAUUUUGAACAGGUUUUCAAAUGAUAUAUACAAAAUCGAUGAAACUCUUUUCAGAGUUUUUUCAAUGUUCUUUUCCAACAGUAUCAGGGUUCUGUUUACAAUUCUAAUUAUCAUCUACUCAACUUGGCAGUUCAUUUUCUUCGUCGUUCCAAUGUUUUUCAUUUACAGAUAUUACCAAAAGUAUUAUCUAUACACAUCCAGAGAGUUGAAAAGGUUGGAAUCUGUCUCUAAAUCUCCAAUUUAUGCACACUUUCAGGAAACUCUUACAGGUGUUUCUGUGAUUAAAGCUUACGAUCAAGCUCAAAGAUUUUCCUUCUUAAAUCAAUACAAGAUGGACGUCAAUAUGAGCGCAUACCAUCCAUCUGUCACUGCAAAUAGAUGGUUGGCAGUCAGAUUAGAAUUUUUAGGAUCAUUUAUUAUCCUUGGAUCUUCAGGAUUGUUGAUCUUGACGCUAAGAACUGGCAAAGUAACCCCUGGUUUAGUUGGUUUGUCCGUUUCGUAUGCUUUACAGGUGACCCAGGCGCUGAACUGGAUUGUUAGAAUGACAGUGGACAUUGAAUCUAACAUUGUUUCUGUUGAGCGGGUUAUGGAGUAUGCAGCGUUGCCACAUGAGGCACCCGAAGUAAUCGAUGAUAAAAGACCUUCAACGAACUGGCCUUUCAAUGGAGAAAUUCAGUUUAAGAACUAUUCUACAAGGUACAGAUCAGACCUUGAUCUGGUUUUGAGGGAUAUCAACUUAUCAGUCAAGAAGAAAGAGAAGAUUGGUAUUGUUGGAAGAACUGGUGCCGGCAAGUCUUCUUUGACAUUGGCAAUUUUCCGGAUAAUUGAAGCCGUUGGGGGACACAUUGAAAUUGAUGACGUCAAUACAUCUAUGAUUGGGUUGUAUGACUUGAGAUCCAAGUUAUCAAUCAUUCCACAGGAUUCUCAAAUAUUCAGAGGCACAAUCAGAUCUAACUUAGACCCUGUCGAUCAGUACAAUGAUGAUGAUCUUUGGGAAGCGCUAAGCUUGUCACAUUUGAAAGAACAUGUACAAAGAAUGUAUGAAGAAUACGAAAAUAAAGAGGAGAUUGGAUUCAAUGGAUUACUGGUUCCGAUCAGUGAAGGAGGCUCCAACUUGUCUGCAGGACAGCGCCAAUUAAUGUGUUUGGCAAGAGCUCUAACCAAAAAGAAUUGUAAGGUGUUGAUUCUCGAUGAAGCGACAGCCAAUGUUGAUGUUGAUACAGAUUCAAUUGUUCAGCAAACUAUCAGGUCUGCUUUUGAGGACAGGACAAUUUUAACAAUUGCACACAGACUCAAUACCAUUAUUGAUAGCGAUCGGAUCAUUGUGUUGGAACAGGGCAGAGUCAAAGAGUUCGACACUCCUGCGAAUCUAUUGAAGAACACGGACUCGAUAUUUUUUUCGUUGUGUGAGGAGGGUGGUUUGGUGAGCAGAGAAGACUGAAGAUAGCAAUGAUCUCUGUUAAUUAUAUUUAUUGAAUCAUACAUAUAUUCCGUUCCACUUUGUUAUUGCAAAGGGAAGUGAGAGGUUUACAUAUCGUUCCUUGGCACACUUAUGUCUUAUCUCUCCAAAAAAAAAUUACUAUA